UUUCCAAUACUCAGUUAUGCUCUACCAUGUAGAUGCUUACGUGAUUUAACAUUUAAUAAAAUUUUUUUAUUUAUUUUAUUUUUUUAAGUUUCUCCACAAUAAAUUUCUAAAAUACUCGCCAUCAAAUACUCAAUAAAUUUAUUAAAAAAAUGUAUUAUAAAAUAUGUUUUGUAUUGAUUCUGUGUACAGAACUGGUUAUAACCUCCAAUAAAAAUUCAUCAGAAUCAAUACAAAAAAGUCUGAUGAAAACUAAAUAUCCUAAGAAAUUUACAAUCGCUGAAGGAAUUACUGUUGACAAUACAUCAUACACUUUAGAUAAUUCAAAUAUCAGUAAUACCAAUAAAUCACUUAUUGAGCAACGUAACAUAAAGCCACGUAAAGGAGUAAUUAGCAAGACAAUUGUCGCGCGAAAAGGAGUUGAAAGCUCUGUAAAUUCUUCCAGUUUAAACAAUACUUAUAUUUUAAGUGAUAAAGUAAACAAACAUGACAAUAUGACAGUAAAUAUAAAAAAGCUGAAAGCGAAGCCAACAGUAACGACAGUCGAUGAUCUCGAGGAUGAUGAGAAAAUAAUAACUCAGCCAUUAAAAUCAUCAAAUAAAUUAAAUUAUAUAUUACCUAUUGUUGCAACAAUAUUUUUAUUACCAAUUGUUAUUGUUAUUAUGAUGUUUAUUUAUAAUAAUUAUUGUGACUGUUGGGAGAAGCGGCACUAUCGUCGCAUGGAUUUCCUCGUCGACGGAAUGUAUAACGAAUAA